CCGAUUAGCCGGUCGACAUGUCAAAUGCCACGCCCUACGCCCUAUGUAGGUAGAACACAACGCUCUAAACCCAUCUGGUUGAUGAUCAGCAUUAUCUGGAUGGAAAUGAUUCAUUACUCGUGGUUCAUUCAAGUGAAUGAAAGUUAUGCUUAUUUUUCCAACGGAGCAGAGAUAUCGAACGAAAUGGAUUGAUUGUCAUGUCCACAACCCCAGUUCUAAUGCUUACCACCAUAUAGCCUACGUGAUAAAUGACGUCAAAGUUGACGAUAUUGGGAAUGCUGUAUGACUUUCGCCGGAGUAUGUACAGAACGUUGCGAUAUGCAAUGCUUUUGAGACAAAAGAAAUA